AACCGCCCCACGUGACCUGCCAAGUGUGUCCGGUCUCGCUCUGGCGUCAGAGCCGCCGUCGCUCGCUCGGUUCUCCGCAGCGGUACCUGCUCCAGGUGGCCCUGAGGACGUGCGGGCCAGGGGCGGCCCCGAAGGUAGGAAGCGGAGGGGAAGCAGCAGACCCCGGGCCCCACCGCCUUCCGUGAGCCGAGAGGUGCCCGGCCCCGCGGGAGCCGGCGGUCCUGAGGCUACGACCCUUCUGAAACACCUGCCUCCGCCACCUGCGCAAGCUUUUCCGACACACCUGCCCCGCCCUUCUUGGUGCAGAAAAUGGUGGCCUAAGUGUCGCGGCGGCGCACCUCGCGACGAGAAUCGGGAGGAGGAGGAGACCGCAAGGAUAGGCCCAGGAGUAAUGGAGUCUAAAGAGGAACUAGCGGUAAACAAUCUCGACGGGAAAAAUCCCCAACAAGAAAACGAAGGAGGGGAGCAGGUCCCCAAGCAGAAUGAAGAAGAAUCCCGCCAUUUGGGAGAGGGUGAAGGGCAGAAGCCUGGAGGAAAUAUCAGACGGGGGCGAGUUAGGCGACUUGUCCCUAAUUUUCGAUGGGCCAUACCUAAUAGGCAUAGUGAGCACAAUGAAGCAAGAGAUGAUGUAGAAAGGUUUGUAGGGCAGAUGAUGGAAAUCAAGAGAAAGACUAGGGAACAGCAGAUAAGGCACUAUAUGCGCUUCCAAACUCCUGAACCUGACAACCAUUAUGACUUUUGCCUCAUACCUUGAAUCCUAAAGUUUUUCCUGAGGUUAAAAAUGUGAACACUGCUUUACAAGCUUGUAUUUUUGUGAUUUACUUUUUCUGUAAGCCUUUUGGUGUUUCCACUUACCAGUUUCUAAUGGAAAUUAGAAUUCUAAUUGAAUAUUGUUUUGUCUCAGCCUAAAAGUUACUGUUAGCAUGGCAGCUUCACUCAUUUUAGGAAAAAUAUUCUCUUCAUAAUAUGAAAUGCAUAAAGCAGUUUAAAAAGCAGUCUGUAUUCCAUCAUCUUGCUCUUUCAUUCCAGUUGCUAUUUUUUGUAAAUAUUAUUUUUCCUCUACCUGGACUCAAAGUCUCACUUCUCUUGAGAAUAUUUUCUUGUCCCUGACCAAGAAAGAAUGAUCAUACCCAUAAUUCAAUGUCUGAAUUUUAAGAAUGUAUGUUCUACUGUUUUCAGAGUGAGUCUACCAUCUGUACAAAAACAUCUUGGGGGCAGGGGGCAUUUGAGAAUGUGGGACCUACUGUCCUAACUCAGAGUGGGCUCCGGAAUCUCCAUUUUUAACAAACUCUCUAAGUAAUUCUGAUGUGUACCAAAAUCAGUGCCGUUGAUGUGUGUGUAUGUACCUAUAUACAUAUGUAUGUGUGUAUAAUGUGUCAUAAGCAUAAAAAAUAAAGAAACAAUAUCAAGAUGAA